AUGUCGGGACUACCAGAAAGACAGCCCUUGGGCAGUCUCUCAACAUCUGCCGCACGCCAGGCACCCAGGCCCCUGGCCCCUGGCCCCAGGCCAAGACCCUCCAGCUGGGUCCGGCACCUCGAAGACAACACCGACACCGACGGCGAGCGGAUGCAGCGUCUCUACCCGAGAAUCAAGCCCCCCCGCGAAGCGAGCCGUGAGAAUGACCCCUACGACCACCUCGAGACGUUCCCCAUCCACUGCGGCGACAGCGGGCACGUGGCCACCCUGCACAGCCCCGUGGUGCUGCACCAGAGCCCGUGGCUGAGUCGCGAGGUAGCGAGGCGGAGCGGCCCCGACGUGCCGGUCCAAACGCCCGACCACGUCAGGUGGUGGCAUGUGGCCUGGGUCCUGGAGUACAUGUACACGGGCCGAGUCCCAGGUUUCUUCAUUCUGGCCAACGAGGAGGUGCGGCCGAGGUGGCACGGGACGCAGCCGCGGUCCAUCACCUGGGGACUGCUCGAGCUGUGGGACGCGGCUGACUUCUUCGGCCUGGAAGGACUGAAGAGGCGGGCCGAGGCAGCACUCCGGGAAUAUUUGAGCAGGGGAAUCCGGCGAUCCAUCUUGAUUCGCCGCGGGGCCCUCACUCCUGAAACCGCAGAAGGCGUAAAUGAGCCAUUCGCCUGGCCGGAGAAUCGCGUUGCGUACGAGUUUUGCCAGGCUGUGUGGAGAACAUUUGGAUAUCAGAUCUGGUAUUCUGGCCUUGACUAUAUGGACGUGCUCAUUGCACAUGACGGAUAUCCCUAUCCCGGCGGGAUUGCUCAGGAUGAGAAUGCCCUUCUGGCAUGGGAGAGCAGCAUGUUUUACAAGACAGGCGUACCUGAAAGAGAGGCCUCUGUCCUGGAAGAGUUGGCAAUGCUUGGCCGAAGGCCCCAGUCUUCCUUCAACUUCAGGCCUGUGAUGCUCGACCUGUGUAUGCAUUUCGCACAAUCAGGCCUGUUUGAGCUGGUCUGGUUUACGAGAUUUGUAACAGCUCACUAUGGCCCGGAGGGAUUGAGGCUUGCGCUGGCCCACAGGAUGAGGGAUCCGAAUGCCAGGUGGCCGCGUGAUGAGUACCCAAGAGCGCCUUUCUCCUUCAGGAGGGUGAACCCAUGGCGUUUGAUUGCGUCGAAUGCGAGGGCGGUGCCUCUGCGGAAUGCGCAACAGGAUGGAACGGAUUUUUUCCAGUAG